AUGAAAGUAGGUGGCAUAGAAGACAGACAACUGGAAGCCUUAAAAAGGGCGGCACUGAAGGCGUGUGAACUCUCCUAUAGCCCCUAUUCUCACUUCCGUGUCGGUUGUUCCAUAUUAACAAAUAACGAUGUUAUCUUCACUGGUGCUAAUGUCGAGAAUGCAAGCUACAGUAAUUGUAUAUGUGCAGAACGAUCUGCUAUGAUACAAGUUCUAAUGGCAGGCCAUCGCUCAGGAUGGAAAUGCAUGGUCAUUUGUGGCGAUUCUGAGGACCAGUGUGUUUCCCCUUGCGGCGUUUGCAGGCAGUUUAUCAAUGAAUUUGUGGUCAAGGACUUUCCAAUAGUCAUGCUUAAUUCCACAGGUUCUCGUUCUAAAGUCAUGACAAUGGGAGAACUGCUGCCCAUGGCUUUUGGUCCAUCUCAUUUAAACUAG